AUGCACUCCUUUAGCUUAGUAUCUCUUUUCAACAGACUGGCUGUGCUCAGCGCAACAGCAGUUCUCUUCGCUCAUUGCACCCACGCUCUCACGGUCUUUUCGACGGAUCCGAAUAUCACGUACUCCCCGAGUUCGUCCUGGGACCUCCUCACCACACCAGGCUCGACUGGCACCGGGUCAUCCUUUCUUCUCGGACCUCACAACAAUGGCAGUAUAACGUUCACGUUCCCUCAGCCAUCCACGACUUUCCAAUGGUGGGGCUAUCAGCGGUCCGAUGGAGGCGUGGCUCAAAUAUGUAUUGAUGGCGGUGCAUGCCAGGACUACUCGUUCUCCAACGCCUCUACUAACGGCUCUGAAAACCCUCGCCUGCUCGCGAACAUUACUGGGCUGUCGAACAGCAUCCACACGAUUGUAAUGACAAACGUUGAAGAUCCAUCGGUGAAGGCGUUCGGCCAGAUGACAGUUGAUCGGUUUGUCUUGGACGGUAACGACCCCUCCGGGGGUAGCUACAUCGUCUUCUCGACAGAUUCAGAAGUCAAUUACUCACCGUCUUCGAAUUGGACUCUCUUGGCUGCGCCAGGCUCUGCUGGCUGUGGUUCCGAAUUUCUUCUUGGUGAUCGUGACAAUGGAGUUGUCACAGUCACAUUCCCUUAUCCGUUCACGGCGCUGCAAUGGUGGGGGUACCAACGUUCCGAUGGCGGCUUGGCACAGCUCUGCAUCGACAGUCUACCUUGCAGCCAGUUUUCCUACAACAAUGCCUCUACGAACGGCACUGAAAAUCCUCGUCUUCUGGCGAACAUCACCGGACUUUCCAACGGAAUCCACACCCUGACGAUUACCAAUGUAGAGGACCCGUCUGUCAAGGCAUUCGGACAGUUGAAUGUCGAUCGAUUUGUCCUCAGCGGCAGCAUUCCCGCUCCCACGUUUCCAUCCAAUACCUUCAUCUCAUCGGUACCUCUUGGUUUUGCCUAUCAUGCGCCGAUGAUUCUGGGCGGCAACACGCCUGCACUGAAUGUGCUGCUCGCCACUACUUCAACGAACGAUUGGGUCGUAUCAGACCUGUGCAACUCGGACAGCUGCGCUGGACAUAAUAAAUACGUCCCUGGGCCUGGAUCCCAAAAUUCCAGCAUCCAGGACGCCGUCGUAUUUAACAACAACGCCCCGGAAAAUAGUACUCUAGUUUCAUGGCGGGUGACUGAUAGCCUGACCUGGGGUAAUAUCACCACCGCGAACACGACCUUGGGUGCUGCCACCGAAAUCCCAACAGGAGAGAGUCUCGAUGGAAACUUCGGCAUGGCGAAGUCUGCAUAUGCCAAGUGCGGGGCUGGUAACUACAACAACUUCUUGGAGAACAUGUUUAUGCAAGGAGAUAUCGUCAACGCCGUCAUGGCAUUCUACCAACUAGACGGCUCAGAGGGAGUUCCAACUGGUGUCUCAUCGCAAGGAUCAAUUGGUGGCCUCGAUGCAAAUAAGUUCACGGGCGAGGUCGACUGGAUUCAGAUGGAUCCACAAGGACAAUGGCAAAGUCCCGCAUCCCAACGUGUCGUUCAAGCAUCUUCAUCUUCCAGUGCAAUUGAUGCGACCGAUCUAUUCAGUCAUCCCGUCGUCACCUUCGACACCGCCUAUGGGGCCCUCCUCGACCUUCCCCACGAUGACUGGCUCACACUCAUGUCCCUGGUCGGUGCGCAAGGCCCCGACAGUAAUGGGAACUUCCUGAUCCCCUGCAAUUCGACUAUGACGUUGAAUUUCUACGGUUCACAGAACCGCAACUACACGUUUGAUCUCGCCAACACGUCAAGCGACAACGGGAACGGCUUCUGCAACCCAUUGGCGAGUGACGCAGGAUCUAUGCCUACCUGGCUCGCCGGAACGCAAUUCCUCGACAAGUACUAUAUGGCUUUCCACUACACCGCGAACAUGAUGGGCUUUGCAGAGCGCAAUUUGGGCGCGAGUGCGGCGGAAAGCACUCCAUUCAUUAGUUAAAAUGUGCAUCCGUCGAGCGUGGGCUCCGGAUUGUCAGCUUCGGCACAGGCCUGUCAUCCUGACAUUCUUCUGUAUAUUUCAUUUAACAUUUGGAUAUUUAUGAGACGAUUUU